GUGUAGAGGCUCUUUCAGUUGUAAGUGUCUGUUGGUGUUUUACACCUAAACCUUAGAGGUAAGGAAAUGGAGUCCCAGGUGUGCCAGAACUUCCAUGCUGACUGUGAGGCUGCUGUGAACCGCAUGGUGAAUAUGGAGCUGUAUGCCAGCUAUGUCUACCUGUCUAUGUCCUACUACUUUGAUCGUGAUGAUGUAGCCCUCAGACAUGUAGCAAAGUUCCUCAAGGAGCAGUCCCAUGAGGAGAGGGAGCAUGCAGAGAAGUUCCUGACCUACCAGAACAAGCGAGGGGGACAAGUUAUCUUGCAGGAUAUCCAGAAACCAGAGCGGGAUGAAUGGGGAAACAGCCUGGAGGCCCUGCAAUGUGCCCUGCAGCUGGAGAAGACUCUGAACCAGGCCCUGCUGGACCUGCACAAGCUGGCUACUGAGAAGAAUGACCCCCAUCUCUAUGACUUCCUGGAGUCUGAGUACCUGGAGGAGCAGGUGAAGGCCAUCAAGCAGCUGGGAGACCAUGUCACCAACCUGAAGCGCCUGGGAGUGCCCCAGAACGGCAUGGGAGAGUACCUGUUUGACAAGCUCACCCUGGGGGAGAGCAGCUGAAUGCAGUACAGGUUCUUGUGUUUAGAAGGAAUGUCUUGCCUGAACUCAAAAUAAAGAAGAAUGAAAGCUGUUUUGGCUGUAACAUGG